AGCUUUUAGCUGCUUUCCCCAUUCCCAUUAGAUAAUAGCUCCCUCAGCAAGGUGCCAUUGAAGUGCGGUGAUGGAUUUUAUUGCAGGAUGCAUCGGAGGUGCCGCUGGAGUCUUGGUAGGACAUCCGUUCGAUACAGUGAAGGUGAGGCUGCAGGUUCAGAGUGUCGAUAAGCCUCUCUAUCGUGGAACCUUUCACUGUUUCCAGUCCAUCAUACGACAGGAGUCGGUAUUUGGUUUAUAUAAAGGCAUUGGCUCGCCCAUGAUGGGCCUCACAUUCAUCAAUGCUAUAGUGUUUGGUGUACAAGGAAACACGAUGCGCCUGCUCGGACAAGACUCCGUCACAAACCAUUUCCUUGCUGGUGCAGCUGCAGGCUCCAUCCAGUGUGUCAUCUGCUGCCCCAUGGAGCUGGCCAAAACCCGCAUGCAAAUGCAGGGUACUGGGGAGAAGAAGAAGUCCGCUAGGAAGCUGUAUAAAAACUCGCUGGACUGUUUGGUGCGCAUCUACAAACGGGAGGGUGUGCGGGGUGUGAACAGAGGCAUGGUCACUACGCUGAUCCGUGAAACUCCUGGCUUCGGAGUGUAUUUCUUGGCCUACGACGUGCUGACGCGCAGCCUGGGCUGCGAGCCUGACGACCGCUACAUGAUCCCCAAACUGCUGUUUGCCGGAGGCAUGGCUGGCAUCGCCUCGUGGCUCUCCACCUAUCCUGUGGACGUGAUCAAAUCGCGGUUCCAGGCUGACGGGGUGGGCGGAGUCAACAAGUACAGCAGCAUCGCAGACUGCGUGCGGCAGAGCGUCAGGAGAGAGGGGUAUAUGGUGUUCACGCGAGGCCUCACCUCCACGCUGCUACGAGCCUUUCCUGUGAACGCAGCCACGUUCGCAACGGUCGCACUCGUCCUCAUGUACGCUCGGGAGGUGGAGCAGGGUGACUGCGAGCCAGCUCAGCCUAGCCGCCACGCGCAGAUCCAGCAGCAGACGCAGCCCUCCAGCCUGUGACAGCUCAGAGGUCUCCCCCUCAACCUCAGCACUUUAAACAUGCAUGAGACUCAGAGCUGAUAUCACUGAACCAUUCCCAAA